UGACGGCACGGCGGAGUGGGGUCGCCCGCUUAUGCUCGUUGGUGCUAGCAUGAAGGACGUUAGGUAAACAGUCGCUUUACAUCGUCGACUCGUGAGUUAGUUCUUGUUUUCGGAACUGAAGUCCGAGCCUAGAAGUGAAGAUAACGACGUGUGAACUCGGAACAUGUGUUUUUUUUAGAGGAUGCGAUGAUCUCUGUUCAAUAACAACUCGUCCCGGUGUUGCGGUUUAAGAAGCGACCGUGUUAACUGGCGACUUAUCAGCCGAAUACGUCCGUUGUUGUCGUUGCCGUUGGAAAAAUAGGACCGAGAACACGUAUAGCUGUCCUCGUGAAUGCCGCUUUGGUUUAAUGUUGUAAUACAGUGUCAUGUCAAACCCUAUUCAUAAUAAAAUAUACUAUACCAAUGAAACAAUGCGGCAUUCACGGGGGUAUAGCUAUGUGUUGUUUUCCUAUUUGCAACACCUGUCUAACUACGGUAACAACGGACGUAUUCGGCUGAUAAGCCGCCAGUUAACACGGUCGCUUCUUAAACCGUAACACCGGCACCUGACUAGUUACGUCCCACUUGAACUCCAUUCUCUGGAUAACACAUGACGACAGCCGGAUGUUUUAAGCCCUUAAACACCAGGGGCAUAAAAGCUGGCCAGCAAAGACCUGCAGCACUUUUAAAAUCUCACUUCACCUGGCGAGUGAACACAAAUAUACGCGCGUGUCAGUCAAGAUAACUUAAGAGCGUGAAGGGAAAUGAAAGAAAUGCAGUCCGUGGUCAAACAAAACCUCCAUUUGGAGACCGAAGGAGACUUGAACAAACUCAUCAACCUGAAGCUUGGUGCAUCCUACACCUACCUUUCUCUGGGGAUGUAUUUUGACCGGGACGAUGUUGCUCUGCCAAAAUUCUCCACUUUCUUCCUGGAGCGCUCGGUGACAGAGAGGCAACAGGCUGAGAAGCUGCUGGGUUAUCAGAACACCAGAGGAGGUCGCAUUCUGCUUCACAUCAUUGCGAAGCCAAGCAGAGAUGACUGGAGAAGUGGUCUGGAUGCAAUGUCCUUUUCCUUGGACUACCAGAAGGUCCUAAACUCAUGUGUGCUUGACGUGCACCGCAGAGCUGACCUCCACACUGACCCUCAUCUGUGUGACUUCCUCGAGCAGCACUUCCUCACCGAUGGCUACGCCACCAUCAAGAAGCUGGGCGAUUACAUCGGCAGUCUGACCCGCAUCGCUGCUUCUGAGACCCACGGAGCGAUGGGGGAAUACCUCUUUGACAAACACACUCUGUAAAGGUCACACCAGUACGAGGUCCUAGUCCCAGUACAUAAGCUCCGCAUUUUAAAAAGAUUCAGAGUCCACGAAAUAAUGAUCCCUCGCACUGUGCGUUCACCUUGUUAAGAAAAUACAAUAUUGUCACAAUUUACGACAUUUAUUCUUGUACGAUAACAGAAAAUAUCUCAAUUUAAAAACACGUUCUCAUUAAUAUGGUGCUAAAAACUAUUUUCCUCAGCUCUUAAUUAUUCACUUGUUCAUUUAGACUCAGUUGAAUCAUGUGCCAUGCAUUCCAGUGUGUCAGAUAUUUUAACUUUCACAAAUGUAGGAUUUUAUUUUCGGUCUAAUACUUCAUUUAAGAUUUGGAAUGUGAUUGAAACUUUGAAUAAAGCCGGAGAAUGCUGA